AUGAGGAGUAUCUUUGCUAUCUUAAGGAAGCUGGUCUCAUUCCCUCGUGCUCUGUCGGGCAACAUAGAGGGUGUGGAGGAGGCACCGGCCUCCGGGAGCCACCUGAAUGGUGACCUGGAUCCAGACGACAGGGAAGAGGGAGCUGCCUCUACAGCUGAGGAAGCAGCCAAGAAAAAAAGACGGAAGAAAAAGAAGAGCAAAGGGGCUGGUGCAGCAGGGCAAUAGGAACCUGAUAAAGAAUCAGGAGCCUCAGUGGAUGAAAUAGCAAGACAGUUGGAAAGACAAGCAUUGGAGGAAGAAAGAGAUGAAGAUGAUGAAGAUGGAGAUGGUGAUGGAUAUGAAGCAACUGGAAAGACGACGAAAAAGAAGAAGAAGAAGAAAGGAACAAAAGUUCAAACAGACCCUCCCUCAGUUCCAAUAUGUGACCUGUAUCCUAAUGGUGUAUUUCCCAAAGGACAAGAAUGCGAAUACCCACCCACACAAGAUGGGCGAACAGCUGCUUGGAGAACUACCAGUGAAGAAAAGAAAGCAUUAGAUCAGGCCAGUGAAGAGAUUUGGAAUGAUUUUCGAGAAGCUGCAGAAGCACAUCGACAAGCUAGAAAAUACGUGAUGAGCUGGAUUAAGCCUGGGAUGACAAUGAUAGAAAUCUGUGAAGAGUUGGAAGACUGUUCAUACAAGCUAAUAAAAGAGAAUGGAUUAAAUGCAGGCCUGGCAUUUCCUACUGGAUGUUCUCUCAAUAAUUGUGCUGCCCAUUAUACUCCCAAUGCCGGUGACACAACAGUAUUACAGUAUGAUGACAUCUGUAAAAUAGACUUUGGAACACAUAUAAGUGGUAGGAUUAUUGACUGUGCUUUUACCAUCACUUUUAAUCCCAAAUAUGAUGUAUUAUUAAAAGCUGUAAAAGAUGCUACUAACACUGGAAUAAAGUGUGCUGGAAAUGAUGUUCGUCUAUGUGAUAUUGGUGAGGCCAUCCAAGAAGUUAUGGAGUCCUACGAAGUUGAAAUAGAUGGGAAGACAUAUCAAGUGAAACCAAUCCGUAAUCUAAAUGGACAUUCAAUUGGGCAAUAUAGAAUACACGCUGGGAAAACCGUGCCGAUUGUGAAAGGAGGGGAGGCAACAAGAAUGGAGGAAGGGGAAGUAUAUGCAAUUGCAACCUUUGGUAGUACAGGAAAAGGUGUUGUUCAUAAUGAUAUGGAAUGUUCACAUUACAUGAAAAAUUUUGAUGUUGGACAUGCGCCAAUAAGGCUUCCAAGAACAAAACACUUGUUAAAUGUCAUCAAUGAAAACUUUGGCACCCUUGCCUUCUGCCGCACAUGGCUGGAUCGCUUGGGAGAAAGCAAGUACUUGAUGGCUCUGAAGAAUCUGUGUGACUUGGGCAUUGUAGAUCCAUAUCCACCAUUAUGUGACAUUAAAGGAUCGUAUACAGCUCAAUUUGAACAUACCAUACUGUUGCGUUCAACAUGCAAAGAAGUUGUCAGCAGAGGAGAUGACUGUUAAACUUAGUCCAAAGCCACCUCAACACCUUUAUUUUCUAAGCUUUGUUGGAAAACAUUAUACCAGAAUUAAUUUCCAACAUAUCUGUUUUAACAGUGGACCCAUGUAAUACUUUUAUCCAUGUUUAAAAAAAA